ACUAGAAGAGAAUGAAGAAUUAAUUUAUGAACAGGGAAAGUCUCAUGUUUUGAUGAAGUUUUAGCAACAGGCAUUGGGGACAAUUAGGGGAUAAUUCUUUUAUGAUUAACAGCCAUGAUUCCAAAAUCAAAGUCUCCUCCUUGCUAUCAAUCAACCCAAAGCUGCAGAUCGCCAACACCAGCUCAAUUGGCUCAUCUAUUCUCCUCAUUUGCUCCGAUUUCCAUUGGAGCUGGUGGUGUUAGGCCAUGCUCCAUAGCAUUUGGGGCUGAUCAAUUGGAAAUAAUUGCUUUGACAGGAAUUGUUUACAUACAAGAUCAUGUUGGAUGGAGAGUGGGUUUUGGAGUUCCAGCCAUCCUAAUAUUCCUCUCUGUUAUUAUGUUUUUCAUUGCUUCUCUCCUGAAUCUCAAGAAGAAACCAAAGAAAAGCUUGUUUACUGGCUUUGCCCAAGUGAUUGUGGUUGCUUAUAGAAACAGAAACCUCUCGUUUCCCUUUCCAAAUUCAAGUGAGCGUUACCAUCACGGGAAGGAUUCAAAAAUUGUUGUGCCAACUGACAAGUUAAGAUUUUUGAAUAAAGCUUGCAUUACUAGAAAUCCUGAACAAGAAAUAGCCGCUAAUGGCUUAGCUGUCAAUCCGUGGAGACUUUGCACAAUAGAGCAAGUAGAAGAGCUUAAAGCACUAAUAAAGGUCUUACCAUUGUGGAGUACAGGAAUCAUGCUAUCAAUAAAUGUGAGCCAAACCACGUUCAUCCUGAUCCAAGCUAGCUCCAUGGACAGGCACAUUUCUCAAAACUUUGAAAUUCCGCCAGCUUCUUUUGCUACCUUUGGCCUUAUUGUAAUGGUGAUAUGGGUUAUUCUAUAUGACCGCGUGAUUCUCCCCUUGGCCUCAAAGAUCAAGGGUAAACCAGUGCAGCUUGGUGUUAAACUAAGGAUGGGAAUUGGGCUAUUACUUUCGUGCAUGGCAAUGGUAGUUUCAGUAAUUGUUGAGAUGAUUAGACGAGGGAAGGCUAUCCAAGAAGGCAACUCAAGCAAUGAUAGUGCAGUGUCACGCAUGUCUGCAGUGUGGCUUGUGCCACAAUAUUGUUUACUUGGCUUAGCUGAAGCUUUUACUGCAAUAGGACAAACAGAGUUCUUUUAUUCUGAGCUCCCAAAAAGCAUGUCAAGUAUUGCCGCUGCUCUGUUUGGGCUAGGAAUGGCAGUGUCCAAUUUGCUAUCCAGUGUUGUAGUGAGCAUCGUAACUAAGCUAACCUCAAGAAGGGGGAAAGAGAGUUGGGUUUCAAAUAACAUAAACAAAGGUCAUUACGAUUAUUACUAUUGGGUUCUUGCCAUAAUGAGUUUCAUCAAUCUGCUAUACUUCCUUCUUUGCAGCUGGGCUUAUGGUCCUUGUGGUGAACAAGUAACAAAAGUAAGAGACACUGGGAAUGACUCAAAAGGUGAAGAGCUUUAUCUAAUCGAGGGAUUGACGUUAAAGAUGCACGGGGUUAGAUUGAAGGAAGGAGAAUAAAGAUCCAGAGUCCUGGAGUUUGCUAGCCUAAUUGGUUUUUUCCUGAUCACCGUAUGAAGUUCAAGUUAGCUAUUACUUACAGCUCUUUUCCUGAUGAUGAGUACUGUUUAAUCAUGGAAUGACUAUUGAAAGUUAUAAGGUGAUGGGGUGGAUAUUAAUUACAAAUAGAGUUUGUGACAGUUCUCCUACACAUAAUCUUGACUCUUUGUGCUUGAAUUUGUCUAGGUUUCCCCCUGUUAUACCAUUCUUUUUUUGUCUGCUAAUAAAGUAGUACUUGUCAU